AUGAAGCUCAAAGUAUACGCUGAUCGACUGUCCCAACCAUCUCGAGCAGUUCUAAUCUUCUGCAAGAUUAAUGGAAUAGAUUUCGAGGAGUUCAAAGUAGACCUAUCCAAACGCCAGCAUCUAUCCCCUGAAUUUAAAGAAAUAAACCCCAUGGCACAAGUUCCGGCGAUUGUCGAUGGAAGAUUUAAGCUGUUUGAGAGUCAUGCAAUUCUUAUCUAUCUUGCCUGCGCAUUUCCUGGAGUUGCAGAUCAUUGGUAUCCCGCUGAUCUGUUCAGAAGAGCUAAGAUUAACUCAGUGUUGGAUUGGCAUCACUCCAAUCUACGCCGUGGUUCAGCUACUUUUGUUCUAAAUACUGUACUUGCACCUGCUCUGGGCCUUCAGAAGAAUCCUCAAGCUGCUGCUGAAGCUGAGAAAAUUCUCUAUGCAUCCUUUGCAAGGAUUGAAUCCUUUUGGCUCCAGGGGAAGGGGAGGUUUUUGCUGGGAGGCUUACAACCAUCCAUUGCAGAUCUCAGCCUAGUUUGUGAAAUUAUGCAACUUGAGGUUUUGGAUGAGAAGGAUCGCAACCGAAUAUUAGGCCCACACAAGAAAGUUAUGCAGUGGGUUGAGGAUACAAAGAAUGCAACAAAACCACAUUUUGAUGAAAUGCAUGCAGUCCUCUUCAGAGCCAAAGAAAGGUUUCAGAAGCAGCGAUUGAUGGAAGCAAACAGUGACGGUGAGACCAGCCAAAAAAGCUCAUUGCGUUCUAAGAUGUGA